GGCAGACUUCAGCCACUCUUGCAGUGUUGGACUAGUGUACUACCGGAGAUAUGCGGGUGGCAGUGAUCGGAGCUGGAGUCAUUGGCCUGUCCACGGCUCAGAGCAUAUAUGAGCAUUAUCACUCUGUUGUCAGCCCACUGACUAUAGAGGUGUAUGCAGACCGUUUCACUCCACUGACCACUAGUGAUGGAGCUGCUGGCUUCUGGCAGCCAUACCUCUAUGACAAGGGCAACAUCCAGGAGACAAAAUGGAAUAAAGAGACAUUUGACUACUUGCUGAGCUGCCUCAGUUCACCAGAGUCCAUAAAGAUGGGAGUAUUCCUCCAGUCUGGCUACAACCUCUUCACUGAACCAGCACAGGAUCCAUCAUUUAAAGACAUUGUCCUGGGUUUCAGACAGCUCACAGAGCGAGAGCUGCAGAUGUUCCCUGGAUACACUUAUGGGUGGUUCAACACUGCACUUAUGGUGGAAGGAAAAACAUAUUUACCUUGGCUGAUGGAUUGGUUGCAAAAAAGGGGUGUGAAAUUUUAUCACAGGAAGAUUUCAUCCUUCAAGGAGCUGUCAGAAACUGGGGCAGACGUGAUAAUAAACUGCACUGGAAUAAGAUCAGGAGACCUCCAGCCUGACCCGGAACUCAAACCGGGCCGGGGACAGAUAUUGAAGGUGGAUGCCCCAUGGUUAAAGCACUGGAUUCUUACCCACGAUCUCGAUACAGGGGUCUACAAUUCACCGUACAUCAUUCCAGGGAGUCGUCAUGUGACUGUCGGUGGGGUGUUUCAAGUAGGAAACUGGAGUGAACAAAACAGUUCCAUUGAUCAUAAAAAAAUCUGGGAAGAGGCUUGCCAGCUGGAGCCUAGCCUCAAGCAUGCCAGGAUAAUGGAAGACUGGUCCGGUCUCAGGCCUGUUCGCAGCAAAGUUAGACUGGAGAGGCAGACUAUACCGUCUGGAGCAACUUCGUUAGAGGUGAUACACAACUAUGGCCAUGGAGGUUAUGGACUCACCAUUCACCGAGGCUGCGCUCAGGAAGCAGCGAGGCUCUUCGGUCAGAUUGUGGAAGAAAAGGGGAAAGGGCCAAAAGCUCGCUUGUAAACUUUUA